GACUUGCUGCGUAACGUUCAUCCAAGAGCGCGCUGUUUUUCCCAGAACAUGACUGGACCCUUGCGCUUAGUCCUCCUCGAGCUCUAGAUGGACCAGGCUAGACCAGUUUAGACAUAAUUAGACCGGGCUAGACCAAGUUAGACAAGGUUGGAUCAUAAUCCACGCUAAACGAAGGGAUACAUUAAAUGACUUUAACAGGACAGCUCAUCUAAUUGGGCAGUCGUCCAUAUUUACAUAUUUGAUUGACUUGCUUAUUAGAAGUUGUUCAAAAGCGCCAGACGGGCGGAUACAUGGGGAUUUUACUGCUCCUGCUGAGCCUCAUCCUACCGGGACACACCCAGAGGUCACCCUGUAACUGUGAUGGGCUGAGAGGGGAGAAGGGGGGCCCAGGAGCCCCAGGCUACCAUGGACUACCGGGGAUGAUUGGUUACCCUGGCAACGAAGGCCCCCCAGGGCCCUCUGGAGCCAAGGGUCACCAAGGUCUUGUUGGAAGCUCAGGACCAAAAGGCUCCAGGGGUCUUCCUGGAAAACCAGGUUUCCCUGGUACUCCAGCUCAGCCAGGAAUACCUGGCAGUGAAGGACCUAUCGGCCAGCCAGGUCUCCCAGGAUGCAAUGGGACAAAGGGAGGAGAGGGGUAUCUGGGGCUGCCUGGUGUUCCAGGUCCGGUCGGGUUGCCAGGUAUCCCUGGUCAAGAUGGACCCAAGGGAGAGACAUUCUUCUUUGCAUUGGGAGAGGAAAUUGAAGGCAUCCGAGGGCCUCCUGGACAAGAUGGAUACGCAGGGAAGGAAGGACGUCAGGGCUACCCUGGGCCAUCGGGGGUCGCGGGAGCAGAAGGCCAGCCUGGCAGGCCAGGGACACCGGGAAUAUCAGGAGAGAAGGGCCAAGAGGGCAUCAGUCCAGUGAUACCUGGACCUAGAGGACAGAAGGGCGACCAGGGCCCUCCAGGCAUCCCCGGACUCAAAGGGGUCAAACUCUAUGCUGAGGGGCCAACCGAACUCAAGGGGGAGCCAGGAGACACGGGCGAAAAGGGAUGUCCUGGAACCCCUGGUAUCCCGGGACGACGGGGAUUUAAAGGAGCUAUGGGCACGAGGGGCGACCCUGGGUCUCUGGGAGAACCAGGGAAAGAUGGAGCUAUUGGGUCUUAUGGAAUACCAGGAGAGCCAGGGGACCAAGGAGCCAUUGGAGUACCUGGAAUAGAAGGUUCAAAGGGGGAGAAAGGGGAUACCGGGCCUUCAGGUGCUCCAGGAGAGCUCAUCCAGGUGAACAACAUCCUGAGCGGCGAGCGGGGAACAACUGGUCUCCCUGGACCCCCUGGACCACCUGGAGAGCAAGGCCUGGUUGGUUUCCCUGGACUUCCGGGUCAGCCAGGUGAGGGCCUUCCUGGCCCCGCAGGCUCCCAGGGGUCCCCAGGCUCCCAGGGGACCAGUGGACAGAGAGGAGAACCAGGUCCAAUUCUUACCGGACCCAGAGGUCUGCCUGGACUCCCUGGAGACCAAGGGCCGACUGGAGAGGCCGGUAUUCCAGGAAUACCAGAUUUCCUGCCAGGGAAUAUUGGCCCUGCAGGGACAAAGGGCCACCGGGGACUGGUGGGAGUGCCUGGAAACAGAGGAAACUAUGGAGGAAGAGGGGAGAAAGGGGAUGUGUGUGUGCUCUGCCCACGCUCUGAUACACCUGGACCCCCAGGACCCCAGGGUGAGCCUGGUGAAUCAGGAGACACAGGUCCUGUUGGCGCUCCAGGGUUGAAAGGUCAACAAGGGCUUAAAGGCCUUGCAGGACUUCCGGGACCCCAGGGUCUGUUUGGGAUGCCUGGUGCGGCUGGCCCUCCAGGGCCAACAGGUGAGAAGGGGUUCAUCGAGGGGACAGGAGAGGAUGGGUGUGUAGGGGACCCGGGACCCCCUGGGAAGCCUGGUCUCCAUGGAGUCAGCGGCGCGCCCGGUCUCUCAGGACCAAAAGGAAUUCAUGGCCUGAAGGGUCACCCGGGGCCGGCAGGACCUAAAGGAGACCGCGGAACCGUCGGGGAGCCUGGUCCCAGAGGGCUGACCGGACCCCUUGGGAUCAAGGGAAUGCCUGGGUUUGGACCCCUAGGGGCCCCGGGUCCAAAAGGCAGCCCAGGAGGGAUUGGACCAGGAGGGGUGCCUGGAUACCGAGGUGAAGAUGGAGCCCCUGGAAGAACCAUAAGUUCUCGUGGAGACCUUGGAGAGAAAGGGGGACGAGGCCUUCCUGGUGACCCAGGACCUGAAGGUUACACUGGCCUACCUGGCUUCCCUGGGUUCCCGGGGCUGUCUGGAGAGAAGGGAGCUGGGGGCCUCUCUGUCCAGGGGCCCCCAGGGAACACAGGGCUGAAGGGAGAACUUGGGCCCCCGGGUUCCCCUGGUUCUUCAGGGUUUGGCAGCAGAGGACGGCCAGGUCCCUCAGGGGCCCCAGGGAUGCCCGGCCCCAAGGGUGAAGGGGCGGUGGGUGUCCCAGGACGGCAGGGGCGCCCCGGUCCCCAAGGAGAGGACGGCUCGGUGGGAGCCAGUGGAGACCCUGGUGUUGGUGGGUUCCCUGGCUCCCCAGGGACUCCUGGGCGGGACGGGCUCCCAGGAGCCAGAGGGUGUCCCGGAGUAGACGGUUUGCCUGGUCCAUUUGGUCCUGCGGGACUGUGUCGUCUGGGGCUCGGUGGACCCCCCGGACCACCUGGGGAGAGGGGCUUCAUCGGCUUCACAGGGCCCAGAGGGGAGAGAGGCCAGCCAGGGGAGUCUGGUCUUCCAGGGGAAGGGGUCCCGGGAUCAGGGGGUUCGUAUGGACCUCCAGGGUUCCACGGGACCCCUGGAGCCCGGGGACCCCAAGGCCUGAAAGGAUUCCCAGGAACGGCUGGCGAGUCAGGGACUGCCGGGCCCAGAGGAGAUAUGGGUCCAGCUGGUCCUUGUGGAACCCCCGGACCUGACGGGAGGAUAGGAGAAGCGGGCCAACCAGGCGCCAAAGGAUCCCUGGGUGUUGAAGGACUCAGAGGCUCUGCCGGUCAGCCUGGAGUCCAAGGAGACAUGGGGGAACCCGGACUCAGAGGGGAAGAGGUGACCGUCAAGGUGUAUGGGGAUCCUGGAGAUUCUGGACUUCAUGGGUCCCCAGGGCCGACUGGUCCCCCUGGGGAGAGCGGACCCCUAGGGCCCCUCGGUCCAGAUGGACAGAAUGGAGAACCAGGAACCUCAGGCCCCAGAGGAUUCCCUGGAGACCGGGGGAGAGAUGGAGAACCUGGAACUGCUGGUUUCCCCGGAGACCCUGGAGAUCCGGGAGUCAUGGGGCUGCCAGGUCUUAAAGGAGAACAGGGCUGUGCUGCGGCGCUGGGCGUCACUGGUUCUCAUGGAGUUCCGGGCUUGACCGGCCUCAAAGGUUCUAAAGGAGAACCAAGUACUGCCGGAUCUGGACCCAAAGGAGGGCAGGGGGAGAGGGGAGAACCAGGAUCAGCUGGAGCUCCGUCCAGGAAGGGGGAGAGAGGGGACACAGGCCCCGCCGGCGUCCCAGGAAACGUCGGCGUCUUUGGGCCCAAAGGACGCAUGGGGGUCCCUGGACCCCGAGCACCCCCUGGGUUUCUAGGAAACAGAGGUUCUGAUGGACGACCGGGAGCCAGUGGUUGUCCAGGACCGGAUGGCCUUAAAGGUAACAGAGGAGCGGCAGGUGACCCGGGACCUGCAGGACUCAGAGGAAACCAGGGUCGGGAUGGGAUCCCUGGCCCAGCUGGGGAGAAAGGAGAUUUGGGAGGUCCUGGUGUCGGCAGAAAGGGAGCAGAUGGAGACAAGGGACGAUCUGGACUGAAGGGUGAGGUGGGGCUCGCUGGUCCUGAGGGCCCCCCCGGCGCCCCCGGCCCUCCAGGGAACGUGGGCCCCCCUGGUAGGGCCGGCCCAGGGGGUCAACCCGGCAGACCAGGCAUGGACGGCCUCUGUUCCCGCGGGCCCAAGGGAGACCGGGGCCACACUGGGGCCCUGGGACCCACAGGCCUCCAGGGGACUCCGGGGCCCCCAGGCGCCCCAGGGCUAGGGCUCAAGGGCAGUGAAGGGAGUAAAGGAGCCGGGGGCUCACUUGGGUCACCUGGUUGCCGUGGAAACCAUGGGACACGAGGCCAGCAGGGUCCAGAAGGAAGCAGAGGUCAACCAGGACCCGAAGGCCUGAGUGGGGACCUGGGCAACAUGGGGCCCAUUGGUCAGAAGGGAGAAGCAGGGAGGGCCGGGGAGGACGGUCUUCUGGGUGUCACAGGACCCACAGGGAAGCCAGGUCCCAAAGGCAAAGACUUUUUUCAGGAAGUGCUUUUAAUACCUGGAGAUAAAGGCUUACCUGGUUACCAUGGAUAUGAGGGACAGGUGGGGGCUCAGGGGGUUGCUGGAAGGCAAGGUCCUGCAGGCUCUCCGGGGCCAGGGGGACCUUCUGGUGGAGACGGACCUGCUGGACUACCAGGAGUCCCGGGACCAAAGGGAGACUCAGGUCCUCUGGGAUCACAAGGUAUUCAAGGGGAUGAGGGACUGAUGGGCGCCAAGGGCCCCCCCGGGACCCCGGGGCCCCCCGGGCCCUUCAUCAGAGGGGAGCCAGACAGCUUCCUGUUCACCAGACACAGCCAGCAGCAGAGCCUUCCUCUCUGCCCUGCAGGGUCCCGCCUCCUCUUCUCUGGAUACUCCCUCCUCUUCAUCAACGGAAACAACAGAGCUCAUGGACAAGACCUGGGAACCCUGGGCAGUUGUCUCCCUCGCUUUACCACCAUGCCCUUCCUCUUCUGCAACAUCGACAGCACCUGUCGCUAUGCCUCCCGCAACGACUACUCCUAUUGGCUGUCCACUGACCAAUCAAUGCCAAGUGAUAUGGCAAUGAUCUCUGGAGAUUUACUUGAGAAAUAUGUCAGCCGGUGUGCCGUGUGCGAGACCAGGUCCAACGUGAUCGGCAUCCAUAGCCAAACUGUCCAGGUCCCGGUCUGUCCGGCAGGGUGGCAGUCCCUCUGGUCGGGCUACUCUUUUGUCAUGCAAACGGGCGUGGGCUCAGAGGGAUCUGGACAGCCUCUGGCCUCUCCAGGGUCCUGCCUCCAGGAGUUCAGGAAGAUUCCCUUCAUCGAGUGUCACGGCAGAGGCACCUGCAACUACUACACAGACUCCUACAGCUACUGGCUGGCCGCCCUGGACCCAAACCAGCUCUUCAGUAAGCCCAGGGCCCAGACGGUGAAGGGGGACUGUCCCGGCAGCAUCAUCAGCCGCUGCCGAGUGUGUAUGAAGCAGUGGUAGUCCUCCUCACUAUUAAUACGAAUAAUACUUGUUUGGUUCCGUUACUCACACUUGAAGUAUCCUCGGGAGACUGCCUCGAUUGUAGCGUUACUCCUGCUUGUACUUGAUUAACUAUUAGAAAAACUAGUAGUAGUCACUUCUAAUCUACUAUUAACACUACUAUAACUGCUACUGUUUCAACUACUUUACUAUAUAAACUAUCACAAUGAAUGUUUGUUCAUGGUAAUUUUGCUUGUAAUGCCAAACAUAAUGGAUAAUGCGUAUACCAUAGUAUACCUUAACAAUAUUAUUGCCAUCAAUAUUUUUAACCCCACGGCUAUAUACAUUGUCCUAACUUAUGUUUGUACCAACAAAUACAAAGAAGCUUACUAUAAGUGGAAGCUGACUCGGGGACUAGAGUUGAAGUACUUACAUUGGCCACUGGGAGGAGACAGGGUGCGUUUAUUGCAACCUUCUGCAGAAUUCUAUUUUAUACAUCGGAGGCUUUGGUGGUGCUCAUCUGAUGGGAAUAAUAAAUAAGUCAACGAAGAAUUAUGAAGAACUUUAAUGUUCUUCAUACAUUUUAAUGAAGAACACCAUGCCCUAUCUUAACCCUGAUUUAAGAAGCACAUUUUAUUGUUGCAUCAACCAUCAAGAUGUAAUUUGAAGCUUUGGCUUCCAACUCCCUACAAAUGUUGAGCCUCUUUUUUUGUUGCUCUAGAAUCUCCAACCACUAGUUAGUACAAUACUGUUUACUGUUGUGGUGCUCUUGAAUCUGUAACCACUCGUGAGUACAAUACUGUUUACUGUUGUGGUAACUAUAACCAUUAGUUAGUACAAUACUGUUUACCUGUUGUCAUGCUGUGGAUUCUAGAACCACUAGUUAGUACAAUACUUUAAACUAUUGUGUUGCUGUGGAUUCUAGAACCACUAGUUAGUACAAUACUGUUUACUGUUGUGUUGCUGUGGAAUCUGGAAGCACUAGUUAUUACAAUACUGUUUACUGUUGUGUUGCUGUGGAAUCUGGAAGCACUAGUUAUUACAAUACUGUUUACUGUUGGGUUGCUGUGGAAUCUGGAAGCACUAAUUAUUACAGUAAUUUGCACCUGUUGUGUUGCUCUUGAAUCUUAAACAACUAGUAGGUACAAUACUAUUUACAAUUGUGUUGCUGGGGAAUCUGGAAGUAAUAGUUAGUACAAUACUGUUUACUGUUGUGUUCCUUCGGAAUCUCUAACCAUUAGUACAAUACUAGUUCACAAGCAGGACAUGCUGGUUUAAACUAAUUUUCGGAUCAGUUUAUUUUGUUUUGUUUCAUUGUGCAAGAUAUUAUCUUUUAAUAUAAAUAGUUUUUUACUUUUCCAUUCUUCUAUAGGAUCACGUUGGAAUGUAUGAAUAUGUUUCUCACUCAAAGACUCUGUUAUCACAUGUCUAAAUUGUUUUGGUUAUGCAGUGUCUGAAUCUAUUUUUUAUUGUAUUAAGUAAUUCGUUUCAUUAAAUUUGUGGGCUUAAAAAAAA